CUCUCUCGAAAUUGACCAUGCCGCCACCCUCUUUCCAGCGAGAAUCGUCGGCAGCCGCGCCCCCCUCACGACCCCUCCACUCUGAAAACGCAGCCGCCUCUUCCCCUCAAAAUUUCCGGCGAGAUCCACUGGAAACAUCGCCUCCUUCCCCUAUAUCUCUUCGGAACGACAGCCGCGACUCAGCCGGAACGCCGCCAUCGCCACCUCCCUCGCCACAGUCGGAUUCGCGAGGAUGGCCUACCCGAUUCGUGAAUCCUUUUUUUUGGGGGGGGGGAUUCGCCAGGUGGCGAAUCCCGUGCGAAUCCCACGCGAAUCGUACCCGCACCCGCUCCAUGUACGUAUCAGAUACUGCAAUGUAUAGUUUUUCGGCGAAUCCGUGCAUUAUAGAAAAAAUUCUCUCUGUGUCCGUACUCUCUCAGUCUCUCUCUUUCUCUCUCUACGUAUGCCAUUUGGGGAUCCAGAGCGUGGCGGCGGUGGCGCCGUUCAGGGCGUGCUUCGGCUCGGAAUCGAUCGCGAGGACGGCGGCGGGGCCAGCGGUGCCGGAGAUUGAGCUGGUUUUGGCGGGGAAGGGUGCUGCGACGUGGAGGAUGAGGUGGUCGAAUGUUAUGGUGGAGAUCGAUCGGAAAACGACGUGCCUGGGAUUUGUGGACGGCGGUUCUAAGACGGAGGGAGCCGCGCACGCGGCAGCGGUGCUCCGCCACUGCUGACUCGCCGGGAAGAAGACGCUAUUCUGGCUGAGGUGGAGGUUGAAGAAGGCGUCCAGAUUGAAACAGUGAUUUACGAUUUGGAAGAAACCGUGGCUCGGGCAGGCCGUCGGCCGUCCUGAUCUGCGCGGCGGCGGUGGAGUCGAUGGCUUGUCGAUCUCCGCGGAGGAAUCCGGCGAGGUCUACGGGCGAAGGGGUGGCAAGCUUCCGGCUGAGGGAGAGGUUGAAGAAGGUGUCUAGAUUGAAACCGUGAUUUACGAUUUGGAAGAAAUCGUGGCUCGAGCAGGCCGUUGGCCGUCCUGAUCUGCGCGGCGGCGGUGGAGUCGAUGGCUUGUCGAUCUCCGCGGAGGAAUCCGGCGAGGUCUACCGGCGAAGGGGUGUGUGUUUGUGUGUAUGUGUGUGUGUGUGUGUGUGUGUGUGUGUGAGAGAGAGAGAGAGAGAGAGAGAGAGAGAGAGAGAGAGAGCCUGCAAAGUCAGAGAGAAGAAAGAGGGAUGGAAAUUUGAUGUGAUGAAUUUUUUUUUUUUGAAAAUAUAUAUUGUGUUUAUGAGGAUUGUGAAUUUGUGAUUA